GGCCCGGCCGCUGCCGCCCGCCCUCCCUCAGCGCCGCCCCCGUCACGUGGGGAGCGGACAUGGCGCGGAGCUGAUGGGGGGGAAUAAGAAAUAUGCCCCUUUAAACUUUCCGUGCGGCGAUUGGGGGUUAGAGAUAGGCCCUGAGGAACUUUCUUCAGGACAAAACAAAACAAAACAAAAAAACCCAACCAAACAAAAAAAUCGGUUUGUGGCCGGAGUAGCAGAGCGGGGAAGCGGGAGCCCUGAGGGAGCUGCAGCCAGGCGGGGACCGGCCGCUCCUACCCGGGAGCCACCGACAGCAGGAGAGGAGACGCCUGGAGAGGGUCAGAUGGAAUUUAGACUUAAACACACGUGGGAUGGUUUGCCCGUGAGCCAUGAGCCGGUGACCAUCGGGCUGAGGCCGGGUAAUGCGGGACUGCUGAUGGAAGUUCGUGCUCCUUUCUUCAAUGACCCUCCAGCACCACCUGGAGAGCCAGGGAAACCUUUUGGGGGUCUGUGGGACUACGAGGUUGUAGAAGCAUUCUUUCUGAGUGACAGAACUGAGCAGUAUUUAGAAGUUGAGCUUUGCCCCCAUGGGCAGUACUUACUGCUGCUGCUUUCUGGCAGAAGAAAAGCAUGGAAAGAAGACCUUCCUUUGGAGUUUGAGGUGACCAGAAUGAAAACCAAGUGGGAGGGUAAAGCUCUUCUUCCUUGGAGUUAUUUCCCACCAUGCACUGGCAAGUUCAAUGCAUUUGCAAUUCAUGGCUCGGGAGAAGAGAGGAAAUAUGAAGCACUUUAUCCUGUGCCUCCCCACGAACUGCAGGAAGGACAGGAACCAGAUUUUCAUCGUUUGGAAUUUUUCAAAGACUUGAACCUGAAAGAGCUAACAGGAGAAGACUGGAAGCAGCCUGAAUCAGAUAUAUGGAGAUCUCUCAAUAAAUGAAUGGGUUGACAUUAAUUUUAAUCGUGUUGAAGUUGGCUGAUGCUGUAUGGAAACAAUUUCCUCUUUGCAGAGUUUGUAGAUACCAGAUUAGCAAGGCUUUCCUUGACACCAAAAUCAUGGGUCAAUCUGAAAAUCAGCUGCAAAGCAUGUGGAUCUGUUGAUUCUAAAUGCAUGAAUGGUUUGUGUUUCAGUCCAUCAGGGUAUUGAGUUUUUCAUCUGUGCAAGAGAUGAAUCUGCUGCUGCUGCUGCUAGAGAAGGAGGAAAAAUGUGCUAAAAUUGCAGCUGUGUUUUUGUGAGAGCUCUGAAGUCUGAGGAGGCCGAUACCCGGAUUGAAAUUUUUUGAUUUCUAAUAGCUGCUGCAUUUCUGCUGUAUUUUCACUGCUGCUUGUUUGUUUUGUUUGUUGACUGUUGAAUGAGAUCCUUAGGUGCCUAGAUUUUUUGCUUGCAAUCAGGAGGAAGAAUGCCUCAUUCAGAAGCAGAGCAGACUGUAGCUAUCCUGUGUUAGGAGGCUCAGUACCUGCCCUGCAGGAGGUGUAACAGUGCCCUUUCCUGUAUGUUCCUGUGCCUAAAGUUUUCUCUUAAUGCCAGAGGGGGAAUUUAUUCUGUCUCACAGACCUCUGUGUGGAGUUUCUAAUGGUGUUUAGGUGCAGAGGAUAGAUUUACAAAAAGCUUUAUGUAUUUCAGGUGAAGUUUCUAGGACUAAUCGUGCUUAGUAAAAUCUUUUGGUAUAGUUGUGUGCGUGUGAAAGCGGGUUUUUUCUAAGACUUGUCACAUCGCUUCAAGAAUUCACCUCAGAUGUCUGAGGUUUUUUUUGCACACCACUGAGGGCUGGAGAUAUUCUAGUUGUAUAUUUUCUAUAUAUGAGCCUGAGUCAUUUUAGUAAUAGUGUUCUUAGGUGGCAACAUCUAAUCUGUGAGCCCUCACAAGAUUUACAAGUUAUAUGUUCUUU